AUGGCGGGCAAGGAGAUCGUGAAAGCGUCCGGCGCGGCUAAAGUACUUGCCGUGCCCAGUUCGUCGUACCCACGGUUUGAUCGCGAGAACUUCGGGGUCUGGAAGGCCCUCAUGAAGUGUGGUCUCCGCGCCAACGAGUUAUGGGACGCGGUCGAUCCAGGAGGCGACACGUUCAAGAAAGAGGGAGCCGAGCACCGAAAGGAUCGGCAGGCGGCGUCGGCGAUUUAUUCGGUGAUGCCCAUGGAUAUCCUCCAGCACCUGAUCGCCAAAGCAACAGCGAAGGAGAUGUGGGAUACUUUGAAGCUCAUGUUCGAGGGACACACCCGCAUCAAGCAAGCUAAUCUCCAAUCUCUCCUAAUGAACUAUGAGACUUUGGUCAUGGGCGACGAUGAGUCCGUGGAUGCGUUUGCUUCACGGGUGGCUACUCUCGUCAAUCGGAUCCGCGCGCUUGGUGAAAACCUCACGGAGACCUCGGUUGUCCGGCGGUUCUUGCGCGCAGCCCCUCCCCGGUACCUGCAAAUCGUCACGGCGAUCGAGCAGUGCGUCGAUCUCGAGACUCUCUCCAUCGACGAUCUCGUCGGACGCUAUAAGGCUCAUGACGAGCGUAUGCGGUACAGUCUCGGGGAUGGGAGGAACGAUGAGAAUGUCAUGCUCACACGGGCUCAGUGGCUGGCGCUGGACUCAAGGAGAGGAGGCGAGGGCUCUAGCAGCAACACUCACCAAGAUCGUGCGCCAAAAGAACAAAGUAAGAAGAACGCCGGCGACGGCGCUUCGAAGAAGAAGAAGUUCGACAAGCGCAAGAUCAAGUGUCACAACUGUGGCAUCAUGGGGAACUUAAGUCGGAGUGCAAGAAACCACCGAAGGAGAAAGCUCUCCUGGCCAAAGGAGGCGAUGAUGGAGACAUGA